CGUUGCCCUCUCGCCCUCAUCUCCCAGCACGUCGCCUCUCGUCACCACUCCGGCUCGCAUCGCCAUGCCAGGCGUGCCAUCUUCUCUGGCGCUCGCGGGCGUGCGGACGUCCGAGGAGCUCGUGCGCGCCCUCAAGGCGGCCGCCGACCCGCCGGCCGGCCUCUCGAUUUCCAAGGUCGAGCUCGCCUCCCUCGCGUGGGUCGACACGGAGCUACACGUGCCAAAGAAGGCACACCUUCUGGCCGACUGGGCGCUCGAGGCGCUUUGCCGUGCUGUUCGCGACUCUUCGCAGGCGCAGGCGCAGGGCAAGGGCAAGGCAAAGGCGGGCAGCAAGCCGUCUGCAGUCCUGGCAGACGCUGCGGUGUGGCAGCUCCUCACCGACGCGAGCGCAGCCAUGAGCGCAGCAGAGCGUGCAGCGCUCGCGCAGAGACACUCUACGCUGGCGCUCGUCUCCGCCACGACGCGCAGCUCUGCGCUGCACCGCCUGGCGGUGCUGCGCCCGGCCAGCCUGGCGCUUAAGCGCCUCAUUCCAGCUGCCGCUGCGCGUGCACAGCACAACAUCGACCUCAUCGCAGAGCCUAUCACCGCCGUACUCGCUGCGCUGCCUUCGCUUCUGAGCGCAUAUGCAGAGAGCGGCGUCGAUGAGGACUGCCUUGCGCAGAACAUCUUCGUGCCGCUCGUGCGGUCGUGGAGCGCUGCGCUGGAGGUCGGCGCCAACAGCAAGAAGGCGUCCAAGUACUGUCUGAGCAAUGUGCUCGCAGUGGCACCUGGUGCGUGGCAGGCUUUGCUCGGCGCGGAAGAAGCGCGGCCGAGAGCUGUCACUCUUCUGCGAGCGUCGCUGCGUCACUUCCUUGCCGAGGCGCUCUUCACCACCGAGCGACUUGCUGCGCUCCUCGCGUCCGCUUCUGCGACGGACGACAUCUUUGCCGCUCUGCGCAGUGCCGCUGCGGACAGUGCAGACGCCGCCUCCGACAUUCCGGCUCUACUGCCCGAGCUCCUGUCGCUGCUGCAAGGCAAGCUUGCCCAGCAUCGUCUCGCUCUCAUGCCGGCAGCAGGCCCGAGUGCCGACAUCUCUCUUGCCGCAGCGACUGCGGAGCAGAUCGCACAGGAGCGCUCGGCCAUCUUGCAUGCGUUUGUCGAGCCAGCAGCCGAGCUGGUGGAGUCCUUCGCCGGCGCGCACCAGGCAUCUACGCGGGCGGCGCUGCUCGAGCAGAUCGAGCAGCUGAAGCUCUUCGUGCGCGCUUCCGACGAUGCUGCAGCCUGGAAGGCGCUGCUGCGUCGCGCCGGCGCCGCUGCGUCAGCGGACAUCGAGCGCAGUGCUGUGCCAGGGGCACAGCUCAAAUCUUCUGGCGCUGCUUUGCGCACGAUCACGAUCUUGCUGCGGCUCGAAGAUUCGCUCGCCAAGCCGCUGCUGCCGGCUGUGCUGCGUAGGGUCGCUUCUUCGUCGCGCCAAGACGCAGCAGCUCAAGAGCUGCUCAGUACUCUGGUUGACGGAGCGAGUGCAAGACGUGAAGUGCCGGAGCUUCUGGCACUGAUCUGUCAAGCCUUGCAGGCAGCUCCGGUGCAGCACGCCGACGAGGCACUGCCCGCAUUGCCGAUCUUGCGCGGCGCGCUCUUCUCAGACGACCUUCGGGCCCAGCUCGUCUCGGCGCUCAGCAUCUUCAUCGCGCCGAGCCAGGUCAUGCAGUGCCUGACAUCUCUUCGCGAGCACCUCAAGGACCUGGUCACUGCUCUCACCGCGUCUGAAGGCGCCUCUGGCACCGCUUCGCCCGCUGCGUCAAAGCGCCGGAAGACAGCCAGCGGCGCAGGCAAGGCAAGCUCACCGGCUGCCUCGCUGAGCUCAGCGAGUCUCCUCGUGGGCCUUCGCAUGGGCGCGCUCAUUGUCGACAAUCUGCUUCUCCCAGCGCCCAUGCGAGAGGAGAUCUUCGUUGAACUGCGCCAGCUCUUCGAUGCUGUCAUCGUGCCGAUGUUGGACCGGCCCAGACGCCAAAGCAACGUCGCAGAUGACGCAGUGCUCGCUGGAGCUUUGUAUCUCCGGCUUGCGAUGCUGUCGCGCGCUACAGAUGUCCUCGCUGCAGCAGAGCAAGCCUCCCACGACGCUGCCUGGCUAGAGGCUGCGCUGGACGAGCGCGCAGAUUACUUCGUCGAGAUGCUUCAGCAACAGCCUGCGCCUGAGCUCCUGCUUGCUCUCGCUGCUACGCUCCUGCGACGGGCACAGGCAGACUCUGAGCGCCGAGUCGUCGAGACGCACUACACGAAGAUGAUCGGCGACGCGCAGCAGCCCCUGGUCAAGUCUCUGCUCAGCGCAUGCGAGGCACGUAGCGCGCCCGACGAGCAAGCCUGGCGUGGAGAGGCCCACGGGCUGAGCAAAGGGCAAGAGGGCCCUGCGGUCUGGAGCUCGCUGGCCUGGGACUGGCUGCCAACAUUUGAACGAAUUGCUGGCUCCGACGUGCUCGAGCUGUUCUGCUCCAGCGUCAUCAUUCCAACCCUGCACUCGAGCAGUCCGGCGUCCGGGCUUGCUUCGAUCAGCGCCCUACUGGCUCGCAGCGCCUCGUUCCUCGAGUCGCCGCGGUGGCGCGCUGCGCUCAUGAAGGAAGGCGAACGUCUGGCCCAAAGCGAGCUCACUGAGAGCGCAGGUGUCGCGCUGGCCACGCAGCUUGCGCUCGCUCGCUUCCCGGUCGACUAUCUUCCGGCUGCGCAGCAGCAGACCUUCGCAGGGCACGCCGCGAGGACUGACGCGCAGAUCGCCCGGGCGCCACGAGACAUGCCGGCUGGCGGAGAACCCGGCGCAGCCAAUGCGGUCACGCAGUCGCUCUGGGCCGAGCUGCGGACCUUCCAGGCGCGUCUGGUGGAGGCGACCUCGGCAAGAGCGACCAGCGACGUGCUGUCUGACGAUCUAGCAACUCUCCUUCUCGACCUUGUCGAUCCAGCGAAGCUUCCGGCGGAAAUUUCCGACGCUCUCCACAGUGCGACGCUCCGGCUCUUCGAUGCCCGUGUGCGCGCUCUCGUGCAGCGCGCGCUGACCGCGCCGAUCAGCGCUACGGGUGCUGGACCGUGGAGCAGCUUGCUGCACGUCGACGGUCAGCUCGCCGCAGGCUUGAGUUCGACCGACUCGGCCCGCUCUGUGCAGUCGGCUGCUCGCGUGCACCUGCUCGAGCUUCUUCUCGAAGCCGCUGGCAGCGGCACGACUGGCGCAGGCAAGAGCAAGCAGAUUCCUGCGCACGUGCUGGUGCCCUUUGCCACCUCAUCGCCAUGCUCCGCAUCUGCGACUGCAGAGAAGCUCGCACGCACGGAGUCCGGGCUGAAGAGCGGAGGCACCGCCGGUCUGCUCGAUGCCGCACACGAGCUGCGCACUCUCGCAGCACGUCUGCGGCUCAGCCAGCUGGCAACUCCAGAGACGCUGGAGGCGACGCAGGCCGUCGCUGUCGACGUCGUCCGAUUCUUGGCGCGCUCGACGGUGCUGUUGCCUGUCACUGCAGUCCUCGCACAGAGCAAUGAGCGACAGUCUGCGUCUCAAGCAGCUGCGGAGCUGCUGCGACUCUUCGCUGUCUGCCUGCGACUCUUCAAGGAGACUGGCGAGCACGUGCAGCUCGGCAACGGAGACUCGCUCGACGCAACAAUGGCCUCGCCCAGCCAGAUGCCCGAGGAUCUGAGUGCCAGGGUGGCGCUGACGUUCAGCGCCCUGCUGACGGCGCUUGACGACCAAGCCACUGCGGACAUCCUCAUGACUCAGUUUGCGGACUGUUCGGUAGCCACCACGCCGGCGUCCUACGACGCUGCGCUCGAAGCCGUGACAGGCACUCUGGCCGGAUCUGCAGCGAUGAACAAGGACGAGGCGGCCGCAUUGCUCGACACUGUCGGCGUCAUGCUGCGCCACGGCCCCGAAGGUGCGCUGCACGAUGGCCCUCCGGCCUUUGACCAUGCUGACAACGAAGCUCAGGCACACUCGCGAUCGCUCAGCGACACUGGUCGCGCCUCGUUGGCGAGCUGCAUCCUCUCAUCGCAGAGCAGUCGUCUGUCAUUCUCACGGCGCUGCGCACCAUCGAGCAGGUGUGCUCAGGCAAGGCCAUGCUCCUGCGGUCGCCCGAUGUUGGCCAGCUCUUUGCCCUGCUCGGCGCCUUGCUCGGCGCGCGCGAGCAGCCUGAGAGCUCAAGUAUCGCCUCGGAAGGUCCGCAGAUCUUCAGCGCGCUCGUGGCCAUCCUCGAGUCGGUCGUGCGCCUGCGCGCAGACCUCGUCUCGCCGCUUCUGCCGCACCUAACUGCGCUGCUGUCGCAGCUCGUGGGCCCCUUCCCGACGCUGCGAGCACAGAUCGGUGCAGGCCACGCAGCUGCCGUCACCUCGCGAAUGCCCGCGUGGCUAGACAUCGCACGGGCUCCUCUCGGUCCGCAGGAGGCGCGCGCCCUAGCACGUCUCCUGACCUCGCUCAACACCAAGUCCGUGGCGCUGCCGCAGUCGCUGCAGCGCAAGUCCAAGGCGGCCGCCAGCGGUUCCGGAGAGCGCUCCGCCAAGGUGACGAGCCUGUCGAAGG